AUGCCGGGCCAGGUGAAGCUAGCAGAGGAGAACGAUAUACCCUUUUCUCGCCGGCCGGUUGUUGUCCUGGGCGCCGGGAUUAUUGGUUGCUCUGCUGCUCUACAACUUUUGCAGAAUGGCUUUCAGGUCACCUUGGUAGGCGAAUAUCUUCCUGGAGACGACAAUAUACUCUACGCCUCGGCAUGGGCAGGAGCCGCCUGGCAUGCAGCUGCCGGCAUUCCCGAUGAUCAGAAAUAUCUCCAGGCGGUUACUCACCGACGUCUACUACAGAUGGCUCAAGAGGACCCAACAUCUGGCGUCUGCAUUGUCCAGGGCCGAGAAUACCUGGAACAAGCACCCGGGAAAAACUCUUCAUUAUGGGGACAGACUGUUUUGAAAAACUUUCGAACAUUAAAACCUGGUGAAUAUCCACCAAACUUCGACACUGCUUGGUCAUACGACUGUCUUGUAGUUGAUCCCACCAUCCAUAUUCCUUGGGUCGGUGCAAAAGUCAGGUCAUUGGGCGGAGAAUUCGUCCGCCGAAAAGUACAGUCCCUCAAAGAGCUGUACGACCUGUACCCACAGUCCACUGUCUUUAUCAACGCCAGUGGCUGGGGUAGUCGUGAUCUGACGGAUGUGCGGGAUGAGAAAUCCUUCCCCGACAGAGGUCAGAACGUGCGUCUUCGCACAUCAGAGCAUCAUACGAUGUACUUCCGGAAUGGAAAAGAGUACACAUACAUUAUCCCUCGGCCCUUGACAGGCCAUCUCAUCCUGGGCGGACAUAAUUCGAGAGAUAAUCUAAGUGGAGAGCCCGAUCUAGAAGUCGCUCGCGAUGAAAUCCGACGCGCUCACAUUCUUGCUCCUGAGGUUGUGCCUGCAGAGCCAGCCGAGUCUGAUAUUAGUUAUGUCAUUGGCAUUAGACCCGGCAGAGAAGGCGGAUUCCGCCUCGACUCGCAGAAGAUCGGGAAUCGGACAGUGCUUUCGGCAUACGGGUUUGCCGGUGGUGGUUAUGCAUUCAGUUACGGGGUGGCUGAUGCGCUAUAUAAGAUGGUUGAACAAGCCGAGUUUGAUUAUGUGAUUACUCCAGGCGAGACAUCUACUGUUUAG